CGACGACGAAUUCUAUUCUCAUCACAACAAGUAGAAGUAUUGCAAAAUCGAUUCCAAAUUAACAUUUAUUUGUCGCCCAUUGAACGUGAACAAUUAGCAAGAAAGCUUCAUUUAUCACCUAAGCAAGUUAAAGUGUGGUUUCAAAAUCAACGCUAUAAGAAAAGAAAAAAG